CUUUUCUUCCCUCCCUUUACUCAUAGGUACCACGUUGAAUGAACAAAGACACCUUUUUACUGCUACUUUUUGUAAAAUAUCUAUGGAGUAGUAUUAUAGUCUGAGUAACAAAGGAUCUCAUCAUGAGAUGAAUGGGAGUGGAAUAUUGGAUGAAAAUAGAUUUUGAAAUCUCCGCAUCAUGGUUUUGAGCUCCCUGGUGACUGCGUAGUCUCACUGUGUGGGAAAAGUUCACGCUGAAAAUCUGAAGCAAUUAAUGGGUGAAUAUGAUCAGAUUUCUCCAGCAAGUUCUCAGCCUAAUAAGGAGAGUCCCUUUUUGUCAACCUAAUGAAGCAUUCGAAGAAGACGCAUGACUCUUUUCAAGAUGAGCUUGAGGAUUACAUUAAAGUUCAGAAAGCCAGAGGCUUAGAGCCAAAGACUUGUUUCAGAAAGAUGAGAGAGGACUAUUUGGAAACCUGUGGGUACAAAGAUGAUGUUGAUUCAAGACCCAUACAUAGAAUGUUUGAUCAAAGACUGCCACCCAAAGCCAUCCAGACCUACCCAAGAUCAUGCGGUAUUUCACAAACAGCGGAAAACAGGUUACCUCAGUGGUUACCAUCUCAUGACAGCAGGCUGAGACUAGACUCUCUGAACUACCGUCAAUCCACCAGGGACUGUUUCUCAGAAAAACCAGUACCCCUGAACUUGAACCCGCAAGAGUAUAGUUGCUCAUAUAGUGUAGAAACUGGAGUUUCUAAGCACCUCUCCUCAGACAACAGUACCACUAGCCAUCAAGCCAGUCAUCCGAGGAAGAGUCACCCAGAGGAGGGCCGAGGAAAACCAGAGGAGGAGCGACCCAAGCAUAAGAGGCAGCGAGGGUGCGAGGGGACUGAUGUAGAUGAACACACAAGCGUCCAGAGAAAGAGAACAGAGGUGGAGACAGAAACCGCACAGGUUGGAACAGAAAAGCCCAAGAAUCGGAAGGAGAAAAAAAGCCGAGAGGUUACCUCUAAGAAAGAGGAGCGUAAGCGAAGAAAAGAGAAGAAGGAGCAAGGCAAAGAAAGGACCGAGGAGGAGAUGCUUUGGGACCAGUCUAUCCUUGGGUUUUGAAGCUUCCUCACUGGUUCUUCCGAAGUUGAACUGAACAUCAGUUGAGCAGCCUGGUGUUACGGUGUUUGUGUGUUUGUAGCGCUUUGCUUAUGCAAACAGGGACUUUGGCUGCUAACAGAGACCGGGUGAACAGAAAGUGUUGAGUAUGUUUGCUCUCUCACAUGGAAAGUACUUUUUCUCAUUUGUAAAAGCAUUUUUACAUUUUUCUUUCAUAUAAUGUACUUUCCCUUAAUGAAAGUGGCUCUGCUUUUUUUAUUCAUCAGAUUGCUUUGAUGGUGGAAUUAUUUUCCCCUGGGAGGGUAUUUAUUUGAAAUUGGAGGAGUAACAGGCUUUGCAGAACCAGUUGCUUGAUUGGGUUUGUUACAGUUUGGAGUUGGGUAUUUUUAUGUUCCUUGGUUUUCUCUCUGAAGCAAUUUUUUUUUCCUUUGUUAGACCUACUUGCAGUGCAUUUUCUAGGUUGGAAAGUGGAAAAUACAUUAUAAUAAUAAUAAACUUAGAUACAUAUAGUUUUAAAAGUUUCAAAGACUCUUGAUACAAAAAUCAGUUUAUAUUCUGAAAAUAUUUAUAAUAAAGUGUUCUAAUUUCUGCA